GGUGGGUGUGAUGCCAGUGAGCGAACAGACGUUUAUUCGUGAGCCGAGCUCUCCUCUCUGCGCACUCCAAGAAUCUUAACCCCCCCCCCCCAACCGGCCACUGUGGGGGCUGCUCAUAGUGAAGUCGGAAUACAGCUAGACGUACGUACAGCAGUCAGCAUGCGGCUCCUCUUGAGUAUAUUGUACUCCUUCCUUUCCCUGACCAUCUUUGGAUUGUACCCAUCUGCGACUAUCGGGCCAAAAGAGGGUUGGCAGGUGUACAGCUCGGGUCAGGAUGCUGACGGACGCUGUAUCUGCACUGUCAUGGCCCCAGAACAGAAUUUGUGCUCCAGAGAUGCCAAGAACAAGCAGCUCCGCCAUCUUCUUGAGAAGGUGCAGAAUAUGUCUCAGUCCAUUGAGGUUCUGAAUAUGCGAACCCAGAGGGAUUUUCAGUCUGUGAUGAAAAUGGAGAACCAAAUGAGGGGCCUGAGGACCAAAUUCAGACAGUUUGAGGAUGAUAGGAAAUCUGUCAUGAGCAGAAACUUCCAGGAGCUUCAAGACAAGAUGGACCAGCUGAAGCCGUUGAUCCCCGUGUUGGAGCAGUACAAAAUGGACGCGACGCUCAUCUCCCAAUUCAAAGAGGAGAUCAGGAAUCUCUCAGCGGUGUUAACAAGUAUUCAGGCGGAACUUGGUGUCUACGACUACGAUGAGCUUUAUCAGCGGCUCCUGCAACUGGAUACCAGGCUCCGAAGCUGUAUGGGCAAAUUAACAUGCGGAAAGUUAAUGAAAAUCACCGGGCCUGUUACGCUAAAGAUCUCCGGAACCCGCUUUGGGGCAUGGAUGACCGAUUCACUGAUAUCUUCAAGACACAACAGAGUUUGGUACACGGACGGUUAUACCAACAGUAAGAUCGUCCGAGAGUUCAAGACCAUGGAGGACUUCUCGGCGGGAGUGGUCGCUCGUACGUAUAGCCUUCCGUUCAAAUGGGAAGGAACCAAUCACGUAGUCUACAACGGCUCACUUUAUUACAACAAGUACCAGAGCAACAUAAUUGUCAAGUACAACUUUGAGACAGGCACCGUGCUGGCCCAGCGAGCUUUGGAAUUUGCCGGCUUCCAUAAUAUGUACCCGUAUACGUGGGGAGGAUAUUCAGACAUCGAUGUCAUGGCGGAUGAACUCGGAAUGUGGGUGGCGUAUGCCACCAACCAAAACGCUGGCAACAUGGUCAUUUCUCAAAUCGAUCCGGACACCUUACACGUCCUGAAAACUUGGAACACGGAAUACUCCAAAAGGAACGCGGGGGAGUCGUUCAUGAUCUGCGGGACGCUUUAUAUCACCAAUUCGCAUCUGUCUGGAGCAAAAGUUUACUACGCGUACUCCACAAAGACUUCAACGUAUGAGUACAUAGACAUUCCAUUCUUCAAUCAGUACUUCCAUAUCUCCAUGCUUGACUACAAUGCCAGAGAGAGAGUGCUCUAUGCUUGGAAUAAUGGACACCAGGUCAUAUUCAACAUCACCUUGUUCCAUGUCAUAGAACCAGAUGAUGACUCUAAAAAGUGAGAUAAACAUUUACAAAUUGUUGAACCUGGAUGAUUGUGUGGUUCGGUCCUCUAAUUUUUAACUUCAAGACUCUGAAAUGGAGCAUGGAAAGUAACUCGUUCAGUACCAUUGAUGGUUAUAGACGUCAAAGAUAUUAACUGGGUUGGUAGUGAAUGAGUUAAUGUGG